AGGUAGCUAAGCGGCGCGAGGCUGUGUAACGAGGAGGUGUAACGGUGUGAGUGUUUCCAUCAAAGAUGUGCGAGGCGGCUGAGCGGCGCGAGGCUGUGUAACGAGGAGGUGACAGAGGCUACGAGCGGUGCGAGGAUGUGUUGGCCGACGGACACGAGCGUAGUCACUGGACAGUCUCAGAGGUAGAUAGAUGUGUAGCAUGGAUCAGCGGAGAAAAAUACUUUUAUAUUUAUCAAUUUGCGAUGAAGAAAUGGAGGCAGAGAAUACAGAAUUUAUUUCUACUCUUUUGACACACAGAAGACGUCACAGAUUUUGGAUACGAAACCAUAUAAAAUUUCAUCGACAACAUGGAGAAUUUUUUACUUUUUUCGCCACGGCUGAUGAUGAAACAUUCGAAAAUUCUUAUCGGGUGUCUAGAAAUACCUUUGAAAUAUUAUUCAAUUUAAUUGAGAAUAUUAUCAAGAAGAAUGACACCCACUUCAGAGACUGUAUAUCAGCUAAGGAAAGGAUAGCAAUAUGUUUGAAGUAUUUAUCAACGGGUCUGUCAUUUCAUAGAUUGGCAGAAAAUUUUAGAAUUGGAGUCUCAACUGUGUCGAGGAUUGUAGUCGAAGUUUGUGAUGCCCUUUGGCUGGUACUACAACCUCUUGUCAUACCAAAACCCACUGAAGAUGAUUGGAAACGAAUUGCAAAAGAGUUUGGAGAGCUAUGGCAGUUUAAAAACUGUUUGGGAGCUCUAGAUGGUAAACAUGUUUAUGUCAAGUGUCCUGCAAAUUCUGGAUCAUGUUUUUUUAAUUAUAAACAUCGAUUUUCUAUAGUGUUAAUGUGCUUAGCUGAUGCAAAAAGAAAGAUUAUAAUGGUUGAUGUAGGAUCCCAGGGAAGAUUCAGUGAUGCUGGAAUUUUCGAUGAUAGUGUUUUCGGAAGAUUGUUAAGAGAGAAACAAUUAAAUAUUCCGCAACCUGAACCCUUAUAUGAAGGAGGAGAACCAGUACCGUUUGUGUUUGUUGGAGAUGAGGCUUUCCCUUUAUUGGAAAAUUUUAUGCGCCCAUACCCGCGGGUUCAGUUAAAUGAACAAAAACGUAUAUUUAACUAUAGACUGUCGAGGGCACGUCGCAUUGUGGAAACCACUUUUGGAGUAUUGGCUCGAAAAUGGUAUGUUUACCGUAAAGACUUUGAAUGCAACGUAAAAACAGUAGACAAAGUCGUAAAAGCCACUUGUGUGUUGCAUAAUUUUUUAAUAGAAAGACAGCCCGAUUAUUUCUCUACCAUCGAAACAACAAUUCCAACGGGUACUCUUAGACCCAUUACUGACAAUCCAAUCAUCGUUGAGACAAGUGAUGGUAAUCAAGUUAGAGAAAAAUACUGUUCCUAUUUUAAUAAUGAAGGAAAAGUGUCGUGGCAAGAUACUCGUAUUUCGUCACGAAUUCAUCCGGCACGUGUACAAUAAGAUAUUCUUUGAAAAAAAAACAGUUUUUCUACUUACCGUCUCUAAACUUUAUUUCUUCCACAAUUUCACCCCAUGCAGCAUCCUUUGUUUCGUUACAUUUGUAAUAUUUUGAAGAAAUGUCCCAUAAACAUGGAUAAUUUUUAACCGCUUCAAUUAAUUUCUCGUCCAUAACUACGCUGAUUACGCACACCGAUCGAUGAUGGAAACCGGGAGCCAACUGAACUCAGCGGCCAGUAUCGCGUGCGCUCCGCUCUCGCCUCACCGCACCCCGCUCGCCCGGAAUCCUCGCUACGCAUCCUCGCACCGCUUAGCUACCUCGCACGACGCCGCCUCGCAACACAUUCCUCGCACACAUCUUUCCCUUCGUUUGUAUGUACAAAAACCUCGCUUCUCUGAGCUGUUUCCACCAGAGCUAAGCUAAGCGAGGAUAGGUAAAUGAAGCGUUUCUAUUGGUUAAUGACAAACACAUCCCUCGCAACGCAUCCUCGCACAUCUCUGGUG